AUGAUAAACAACAUCUUUGUGGCCAAGUGCCAGCAGCGCCUGCCAGCCCGCGUGCUCCAGGCCUUUGUUAGUGUGGCUUUUGGCCUCUUUAUUUGCCAUUACCUACACCUCCCCUUCCUUGUCUCAAGUCUGAGCUUCGGUACACGCUGUUUCUCCUGCCUCUCUCCGCUUUUGUCUUGGGGCUUCAUAAAAGUGCAGGCAGCACCAGGAGCCUUGUGUUCAAGCCUAGGAAUCCUUCCGGAACUCUCCCACCUCACUCAGCCUUUCCAUUGCCUGAUCUCUGAGGGGUUCAGAGCCCCCCACAGCCCUGUACACCAAAGACUACCAAGCUCUGUUGCGCCAUCAGACUGCUCCAAGUGGACAGACCAGGAGCUGGCUCCAGCUUUCCAGCUAUGCCCUGCCUGCCGCUGCUGCCCACCUAUCUCAAGCCUGACCCUCAUCUACUCUGGGAGUCCGUUCUGUCCUGAACCAUCUCAGCCAGAAACUCAAGCUCUCUGCUGGCCUCUAUAUGACACCCCUACAACCUUUGCCAGCUGUGUGGCCCAGCCCUGGAGCCAGGACGCAGGGAGCAAGCAAUCUGAAGACUCUGUGGAGAGACACAUACCAGAAGAAGGGGGAGAGGAGGGAUCCCGGUGCCCAGGUUGCAGGCCUGAGCUCCAGUCCACACUUCUCAAGUAACUGCUCUCUACUUGCUAAUUAAUUUUAUGAUCUAGAGGCUUUGUUGGAGCCUCCUUCAGGAAACUGUGUUCCUGUGUUUUCACAGGCGUCUUCUAUUUGUGGUAAAAGAUAACGGUUUUUCA